UCGAGCGGUCGUCUGGUCAAUUGUGGUCAAUUUGAAAGCGUGUCUAUACGAGUGUGUUUGUGUGUGUGUUUUAAUGGUUAAAAAACCAAGAGAUAUUAUAAAAGUUUGCAGGUUUUACAUGGAGUUGGGGGCCUGAAUAAAUAAAUAUAAUUAAUAAAUUAAAUAAAACCAACAACACACGCAAUACACAUAAAUAUGAAGAAGAAAAAAACUUACUUAUUAGCACUCUAGUCAAUUUAUUUACCAGUUUUUUACAUAAACUAAAAAUAAAUUAAAAUAAAUAAAAAAAAUACGAAAAAAAUGCCGACGGUAGCUGUUAAUAAAAGGAACUAUAGUUUGUGUUACUAUUCAACAGAAUGCUAUCCAUCAAUAGUUUACUUGUAAGAAUAUAUUAAAGAAAAUUGGCAAAAAAGACAUAAAACACAAUAACAAUAGAAUACUUUGUAAGAACAAGAAAUGAAGGAAUAGAAAAUAAAUAAAAAAUAUUAAAGCCUAUGAAAAGCAGCAAAAAAUAAACAAAAAUUAUAGCAAAUAAAUUGAAUACAAAUUAAGCACAUGAGCCUUUAAACAAAUAAGUAAAAAAAACAAGGAAGGAGAGAGGGCAGAAUACUGUAUAGUCAACAAAAACAUUAAACCUCUUAAAUAAACCAGAAAUAAUGUUUAUAAAAACCAAAAAACUUGAACAAAAUUUCAGCAAAAUUCGCAUAAAGGCUCAACUAAAGAAAUUAAAUAGAAAUUAAAAAAAUAAUCAAAAAAAUCUAAAAAGCUCAACUUCUCUUAACUAUACUUAUCAUCAUUAAGCAACAAAAGCAAUAUUUUCAACAAAAUUUUUAUAAAAUUAAUAAAAAAUACAAUAAUUUAUAAAAAAAAAAUAAUCAACUUUCUUAAAAUAUAAAAUUUAUUUAAUAAUUUUAUAACAUUAAUAAUAAUUCACCUAUAAAAAAACCAUGCCUUUUGGUCGUAAAUCACCUUUUGAGGCCUUGGCCUUGCCAGGUGUUAUGCUGGCCUAUAAAUACAGUCAAUUUCGUCAAAGACGUCGCGAAGCGGCCAGUCGACGUGUUACCGAACGUGAAUUAUCAGCUCUGCAUCAUAAAAUUGAUAAACUCUUAAGUAAACUCGAAGAAAGUGAACCCGAUCCACCCACUUCCCAAGAAGAUGAAUGUGUCAUCUGUAUUAAUGCACGUGCUACUAUGCAGACAUCGCCGUGCGGUCAUCGGGUGGUGUGUCGUCGUUUUGUCAAGACCAUACAAAGUGCGGUGGCACAAAGACUCCUCCCACCGUGUGUGAUAUGUAGGGCACGUGUUAAUCGUCUAACCUCUAGUUCGGGCACCUGGCGUAUACAGGAAUCGGCCAGUAGUUAUUCAAUGGGUGCCAAAAGUUGGGCCUGUGGGGUAACUACAGGAGGUGUUACUGCCUCGGCCAGUUCAUACUCCAUGAAUGAUGCUCAUAGUGGUCAUCAUGCAUUUCAUAUGCAUAACAGCGCCCGCUAUCCGCGCAGUCCCAAUGGCCGGGUUUCGCAAUCGGAUAGUUUGUAUUCGAUGAGCUCGACUGGCUCUUCGUCGGCGGCAUCGGUCUUCUCGAAAACGUCUUCCAUUUCAAGCGAUUUGUGUUCACCUGCCUCGCCCAUAUCACCAACACAAUGUUCGUAUAAUCAAAGCAGCAUGAUUUUAAAUAAUCACUUAGCUCCACCCACUCCCAGCAUAUCACCACAUUCGCCUACCUCCACUUCUGGAUCGGGGACCUCACAGGGCUCCUUAUCGCCUAAGGAAGUUGGGCAUUCGCAUUCACAUCACAGCGGCUGUCACGGAUGUUCGGGUGCCAUACCACGCAAACCGUUGAAAUCUUUAAGUAAUUCCUCUUCCAGUGGAUCUUGCAGCAGUGCAGGUAGUAGCUUUAACCCUUCUCCCUUUACACCCUCUUCGACCCACACUUAUCCGGGUAGAAGACAUACUAAGGGUCGAAUAGUGGAUUUACAAAAUCGUUUACCGCCCAUUAAAGAAUUUCGCAGUCCUGCCAAAGUUCCACAUCCUUCACCGGUUCACAUAAGCAAUCCAAGAUUUCGCUAUGCUUCCUAUACCAAACCCAGUCAUCAGCUGCAGGACUCGCACUCAAACUCUAAGUCGAAUAGCAACAGCAAGGAACCCUCAUCGCCGCCUAAGAGACCCAUGAACAUACACAUAAGUGCUUCCCAUAAUACAUUAGCACCGCCGCCACUAAAAGCUACGGGUUCCAAAAUAAGUCCCCUAGCCUCUAAACAUAAUAAAUCGGCCUAUACAGCUUUAUCUGCGGAUCGCAAAGAUAAAAAAUCCAAUUCUGAUUCUAAUAAAAAUAAUAUUAAUUUAAAAUUAAGUCAAUCGAAAAUGUCGUCGUCUUCAACGAGCAGCAAACUAUUAACGUCAUCAAUGAAAUCUUCCUCAUCAACGUCCUCCUCAAUGUCAGCAACAGCAUCGAAAUCAUCAACCUCAAAUGGAACAUCAUCAUCGUUAUCGUCAUCAUCAUCGUCCUCCACUCACCAGGCAACAACGGGCAAUUCAACUUUAACAACAUCAUUUACAACUAGUAAAAGUUUUCCAUUGUUUUGCAGCAACAAUAAUCACAGUAAAAAAAUCGACAAUAAGAAAAAUGAAACGGUGGAGCGACGAAAAGAAGAAAAACUUAAACUCAAGGCGGAAAAAGAAGCUAGAAAGGAAGAAAAACGCCUGGCCAAGGAGGAAGAACUGGCAAAACUCAUUGCCAAGGAAGAGAAGAAAAAAUAAAAAGAAGCCAAAGAAUUACUUUUGGCCAAUGAUGGCAAUUGCAAGAAAUAAUAAAAUCAAUUCUAAACUAAUUUAAAUAAACUAAACAAAAUAACUCUACAAAUACUCUAAGCAAAUGUUUAAAAUUUUAACAACAAAUAUAAGAACACACUUAGGUCUAACUAAAGUGUGCCUAGAUCUCUUCGAUUUUAAAUUAAGUUUAUUAAAAACAUUUUUUAUAAAAAAAAAAAACAACAAUAUUCUCUUAAAUGCCAAGUUUCACUCACACACAAUUUGAUUGAAGUAUUUUCUUUAAUUUUCAAAGUUUUGUUUUAAAAUUUUAUUAGUUUCAAACAUUUUGCAAUUCGUUUAUGCUCAGCACUUGCUAAUUAUAAUUUUUUUCUGAAUUUUUUCAGUUCUAGUUUUGUUAUACAGAGUUCCUUUAAGCUCUAAUUCACUUCAAGUUCAG